GCCCACACCGACUCCAAACACUGUGAGAGGGAGAAAACCAGAGGUCACACUGAUAAGAGAAAGGGGAAAAAAAGGCUGCCGGCAUAUCUGAGGCUCGACAGAGAGAAAAAUCAGAGAGAGAGGAGACACCACCACGAGUACUGAAGAAAUCUGCCUGGAGGACGCCACGUGUGUGUGCAUAUGUGUGUUGAGACAGGCAUAGGUAGAUUCCAGUAAGAUUUGUGAGACUAACAGAGGACAAAAGCACAUCAUGGAUCCCUCGAGUCCCUCCGAGGGCCCCGUGGAACCCAAAGAAAGGAGGAAAAUCCAGUUCACCGUCCCGGCAACAGAACCGACUCAGCUGGACCCUCGGCAGGUUGAAAUGAUUCGACGACGAAGACCCACACCCGCCACUUUGUUCAAAGUAGCAGACCAAACAUCUCCUGAGGAUGACAACUCCACCCAUCAGUGGGUUGUAGGAGAAAACGGUGUCCUCAAGCCAAAACGAAUCAACCCGAAUAUCUACCAGCCACCAUCAUUAAAAGCCGUGCAGCAGAUGGCUGAAGCUCAAAUGCAGAAAUUAGGUGUGUAUCCUCAUGUAGAGGAGGAAGGGGAGGAGCUUAUUCAGAGAGUGGGGGAGGAGCUUUCCUCAUCCUGCACACCUGAUUCACAGGAGCAAAGGGUCACGGCAGAACACCAGCCUGGCAUGAGAAAGGCAGGAGCCACGGCACCGACUGAUGAAGAAGAGGAGGAGGAGGAAGUAGAAGAAGCGGACGAUAUGGCAGAGGAUGAGUGCAGAAAUGUGGACUGAAAGAGCGAAACUUUAGAGAUUUUUUUCAUAAUGCAGAACCUUGUUUGGAAAUGGUCAAUAAUUCCAUCAUUUGAUAAAAACAGCUGUCUGUUUGUAUUCAGAGACUCUGAAAGACUGGAAUUUUGAAGUGGUCAAACAAAUAAUUCACCCCGACAUUGCCAUGAAAUAGAAAUAAAUAUAAGGUAAAAUCCAUCAGCAUUCAUAUAAUACCAUCCCUGCGUUUCAUACAUUCAAACAAACAGGUAAAGUACAAAUGUUUAGUUCUAUGAGCAGCACUGUAUGAAUGUGUUGAGAGAUGUGUCAGUGUUCAUGUUAUGUUUUAUGCGUGUUUGAGUCACAGUUUGUUUUGUGAUCGGUGCAUUUCUGUGGGCCUACACUGCCAUCUGGAGUACAGAGAAUUAUUAUACUGAAUUCCAUGAACUAAUUUGCCAAGAACAAUAAUCCCAGAGCACAUGGAAAGUAUUUCACAGCAUGAUUGUUUAGCGUUAUUUGUUAAACCACUGCCGACAUCCUGGCAGUUGGACUGUGCUUCAAACUAUAGUUAAUUUAGCAGAAAAAAAAAGUUUGUAAUUACAUUUGCAUAUUUAUAAAUAUAUUUAUAAAAAUGUAACAUUUAAUAUUUGCAUAUUUAUAAAUAUAAUUAUAUUUAUUAAAACAUAAAAUGUUAUAUAUUUGAAAAUAUAAUUCUCAUUUCUAAAAUUAUGUAAAAUAAUUUCUAAAUUCACCACCAUUGGUAUAAGUGGUGAAUUCAUAACAAAUCACUCACUUAUUUUUCUGUUUUGGGAGACUUUGACCUCAUGGAACAAACUAACUGUGGCUGACUGUGAAUAACACGUUCCUACAAUGUUGUCUUUGUGAUUCAUUUGUGGUUUGUCAGUGACAUUGUGAUCAAAGCUGCUGUAAACAUCAUAUUUGCAUACAGAAUUUGCAUCUCUUGAUAUGACUGUAUUUGGUUACAGAUAACUAAAAAAAAUCCAAAUUCAGUGCCUCGGGGUGAACUUUCAGUGCUCAUGUAUAUCAGAAACAUAUGUAAAUCGUUUCAGUCAAUUACUGUAGUAAACAACUUGUAUUAUUAUCAGCUGGAUAACUUAUUAUCUACCUUAGUUUUUAAGUUUCUUCCUUAGCAAAAUCUUUUAAGGGAAAAAUGUUGAACUAUUUUUAAAAAGGAUUAAUAAUGAAUUAAAACAACAGCCACGUGUUGCUUUUUUAAAGAAAUUGUACUGCUUUAUAUUGAAUAUAAUCAUAUUUGUAUGCAUAUCCUCUGAAGCUCAUGCAGGUACAUGUUGUUGAUUUUGAUUAACGUGUUAUAGAAAAUGUACCAAAUUAGUUAAUAUAUCCAUAGGAACUAUGGAAAUGUUUUAGGUUAAAGUCUCUGUAUCAAUAAAUAUAUUUGCUCUGAA